AUGGCGAGCGCGACGGGUAUCCCCAAUGACCCCGUGGUGGACCGCGAAUCCGCCGGUGCUGACGACAUGGAGCCACUCCUCGGCCGUCCGGGCGACGCUUCUCAGAGAGAAAAUGCUCCUAUUGCCAAAAACCUCAUCCUUGGGACCGGCAUCAUCGCCGAAGGCGCCAGCCUUUUGCUCAUCGCGUCGGUAUGGGCCGCCGUCUUCCUCCACGGCCCUCUGAUCCUUUUCUCGGUCCACCCCCUGGCGCAGUCGCUCGGAAUGCUCGUCCUCGUGCAGUCGAUUCUCAUCCUUCAGCCCACACACAGCGGAAAGCAGAAGCAAGUCGGCCAAAAGCUCCACGCAGGUCUCAACCUGCUCGCCUUCCUCAUCCUGGCCGUUGGUGUCAUAUCGAUCGAGUACAACAAGAUCCGUAGCAAUGGUGCACACUUCAAGUCAUUGCACGGCUACUUGGGCGUCAUUGCGUCCUUUUGGCUUCUGAUUCAGUACCUGGUGGGCUUCACCAUGUACGCCACUCCCAAACUAUACGGUAGCGAAGCCAAGGCCAAGAGCAUCUGGAAGUACCACCGCGUUAGCGGGUACGUGCUUUUCCUGUUCCUCCAGGCAACGGUCAUCUCGGCAACGCAGACCGACUACAACUUCAAUGUGCUGGGCUUGAAGCUCUGGGCUUUUAUCUUGAUCAGUGUGCUGAUCAUUAUUGGAGUCUACCCAAGGAUUCAGAAGCAAAAGCUCGGUCUUUGA